ACGACGUCGUCGUCGAGUCCGUCUACGAUUCAAGUUUACUCUACUCUUGCAUCUCUACAUGAUUAUUUGUCGUUUCUCGUCGUCCGUUCCUUCCUGACCUCGGGAACGUAUGUCGAUGAUACCCUUCCUGUCGUAUCGCUAGCACGGCCGGGCCUCAAAACCUCCGUACCAAAAAAUUGCAUGCCUGUUCGAGUGUGUCAUCCCCAGCUGAGCACUGCUCUUGGACGUCGCUCGGAUUUGUUGGAAUUUUCCGGUGAUGGCAAGUCCUUCCUCAACGGGGCCUCCAUUCGACCCCAAUCAUCCGAUAUUUUCCGGGCACACUCUCGACAAAGCAACGAAAGCUAAAGUUCAUCUGGAGAAUUACUAUUCGAAUUUAGUGAGUCAACAUAUCGAGCGCAGGACCAGACAUGAAAGACUCGAAGAGUCCAUGGCUGAGGAAGGUCUCACGGAGGACCAGAAACGCGAGAUCCGUGCUCAACACUCUGUGAAAGAAACCGAAUUCCUACGACUAAAGCGAUCUCGUCUGGGUGUCGAUGACUUCGAUCCGCUCAAAGUUAUUGGCAAGGGCGCCUUCGGAGAAGUGCGUUUGGUGCAGAAGAAAGACACAGGUCAUGUGUACGCUAUGAAAAUUCUGCGGAAGGCUGAUAUGCUGGAGAAGGAGCAGAUUGCGCACGUUCGUGCAGAGCGCGACAUCUUGGUCGAGGCAGACCAUCAAUGGGUUGUGAAGAUGUACUACAGCUUCCAGGAUGCUAUAAACCUCUAUCUGAUCAUGGAGUUCCUUCCGGGCGGUGACAUGAUGACUCUUCUCAUGAAGAAAGACACCCUAUCUGAGGAAGCGACACAGUUCUACAUGGCCGAGACCGCGCUAGCUAUUCACAGUAUUCACCGACUUGGCUUCAUACAUCGUGAUAUAAAACCCGACAACCUUCUGCUCGACGCGCGAGGUCAUAUCAAGCUUUCGGACUUCGGCUUGUGCACCGGCUUGAAAAAAUCCCAUCGCACGGACUUCUAUAGAGAUCUAUCUCAGGCUAAGCCCUCUGACUUCAUGGACUCGAAAAGGAGAGCAGAGAGUUGGAAGAAGAAUCGACGCCAAUUAGCGUAUUCGACCGUGGGCACCCCGGACUAUAUCGCGCCGGAGGUCUUCAUGCAAACGGGUUACACCGCCGCUUGCGAUUGGUGGAGCUUAGGUGUGAUCAUGUACGAAAUGCUCAUCGGAUAUCCUCCCUUCUGUUCCGAAACCCCACAAGAGACCUACCGGAAGGUGAUGAAUUGGAGGGAAACCCUGGUUUUCCCCGCAGAAGUCCCGAUCUCAGAAGACGCUCACGGAAUCAUCACGGCAUUGUGUAAUGACGCGGCUGUCCGAUUAGGGACGUUUGCCGACAUCAAGGAGCAAGGAUUUUUCCGAGGCGUUGACUGGGAGCACAUCCGGGACCGACCGGCGGCGAUUCCGAUCCAGGUGAAGAGCAUCGAUGACACCUCAAAUUUCGACGAGUUUCCUGACGUGGAUUUGAAAAUACCCUGUGCUCCUAAAGACGAGAGCUCCGCCGCAGCGGCGGCAUCGGCGGCGGCUCCAGGAGGUCAGAACUACAAAGACUGGGUUUUCAUCAACUAUACUUUCAAAAGAUUCGAGGGCCUGACGCAGCGGGGAAACAAGAAACUGCUGACAGCCUUCAACGCACCGGGGUCGCCUUCGAGUUGAAUCGGGGGGAUAUCUAGUCAUGAAUAUCUUAUGCUAGGGCCGUUCGAAGUAAAAACAAAGUAGAGGGAUUUUAUUGUUGUAGCAAGACUGUCGAUCCGAGAGAGCCGGUGAGCAGUCGAUUUUGUAAUCGCCUUCAUCAUCAUUCGUUCUUGAUCCUCGUUGAGCGGGUAAUGAUGAUAGGAGACGAUGAUCCACGCCGUUGGCUUUUCAUCCAUAGAUAGAUUCGGACCGCGUCGGAGCAUCGAAUCACCGCAGUCCUGGGAUUCAAUUCAAGAAGAGGUGGACGAGAGUGGCGCAGCGAUCUCAGCGAAAAUUGAGAGAUCGGCUCUUCCUCGUCUCCGGAAACGAGCCUGAUCAUCGGAAACAACGUCCAGGAAACGAUUAGUCGAUCGACUCUGUUGCCGGCGGAGGAUGGCAAUCGAAUCAUAAAGUCCUAGCUCCGGAUGCUCGCACAACGCAGCUCCUAUUCCCGGAUCAUCAUCAUUUUACGGAUGAGAACCUGUGACGAACAUGGCGAACCGGUGGUUUCUGGAAGUAUCGAUGGAAUACAAUCGGUCACAUGUCGUCAGAAAUUGUCUUUCCAGGACGGUCAGUAUUAAUGUGAUUUUGUUUUGAAUUAUUUAUUGACGAGGAAACGAUCCAUCAUCCAGCGCUUACUCACAAGGACAGCUCAUUCAUAUGCCUAGGUAGCUCGCGUGGACACAUCAAGUACCGCGUUGGAGUGACAGAAAAUAUUCCCAGCACAGGGAACGAUUUCGGAAUCAUCGCGUUAUUGAAUUUAUGGAUAAUUUGGAAUAAAUUCAUACGUAAC